UUGGAGGCACUACAAGGGGGGGGGCGCCCACAUAAUGGGGCCCAAUGGGAGCCGGGACCCCCCCCAUUGAUAUUGGGGUGACCCCAUUGAUAUUGGGGUGAUCCUAUUGAUAAUGGGGUGACCCUAUUGAUAAUGGGGUGACCCCAUUGAUAUUGGGGUGACCCCAUUGAUAUUGGGGUGACCCUAUUGAUAAUGGGGUGACCCCAUUGAUACUGGGGUGACCCCAUUGAUAUUGGGGUGAUCCUAUUGAUAAUGGGGUGACCCUAUUGAUAAUGGGGUGACCCUAUUGAUACUGGGGUGACCCCAUUGAUAAUGGGGUGACCCCAUUGAUUUUGGGGUGAUCCUAUUGAUAAUGGGGUGACCCCAUUGAUAUAGGGGUGACCCCAUUGAUACUGGGGACCCCCCCCCAUUGAUAUUGGGGUGACCCCAUUGAUACUGGGGACCCCCCCCCAUUGAUAUUGGGGACCCCCCAUUGAUAUUGGGGUGACCUCAUUGAUAUUGGGGACCCCCCAUUGAUAUUGGGGUGACCCCAUUGAUAUUGGGGUGACCCCAUUGAUAUUGGGGACCCCCCUCCCAUAGCCCCCUAUGGGGUCAGGGCCUUUUGACCCCCCCCAAGCCCUUUAGGGCCCCCCCCAAAGGCUUUUUGGGCUCAUUUCCCAGCAAUUUGGGACUUUUGGGGGCUCUUUGGGGCCGUUUUGAUCAGUUCGGGUCGGUUUCCAGCCGGUUUUGGGGUCAUUUGGGGGGAUUUUGGGUCAUUUUGGGCGCGUUUCAUUGUUUUCGCCUUGAAUUAACGUUAUUUUCAUGGGGUUUAUUUAAAAAACGACACAAAAAUGACCAAAAACCUGAUUCUGCCUCUUUUCUUUGGGGGGUGACGUCAUCCCUUGCGUGCUGACGUCAUCCCCUGCGUGCCGACGUCAUCCGCGGGGCAGCCAAUGGGCAACCAGUGACGUCACGGGGGGGGGAGGGAGAGCAAAUGAACCACUUAAUUCAUUCAUUAAUCAAUUAAUGCAUUAAUUAAAGCCUUUAUUAACCGUUAAUAGAUCAAUUAACUCCUUUAUUAAUCAAUUAAUAUGUUAAUUAAUUGCUUGAGUAAUGAAUUAGUCCCUUUAUUAAUCAAUUAAUCCCUUUAUUAAUCAAUUAAGUCGCUAAUUAAUCAAUUAACCACUUCAUUAAUCAAUUAAACCCUUAAUUAAUCCAUUAAUUAAUCAAUUAACCCGUUAAUUAAUCAAUUAACCCCGUUAUUAAUCAAUUAUUAAUCAAUCAAUGCCGUUAACCACCAUUAAGCGCCGCGUCGCCAUGGCAACGCCGCUCGGCCGGAACCGGAAGCGCCGCUCUCCCCCAGGCCCCUCCCAGCCGCUCCUGAUUGGUCCUCGCCCUCCUUCCCCCUCCUCCCAUUGGCCGGGAGCGGAGCGGGGGGCGGGGCCGAGCGCUGCUUCCGGCUUCUCGCUCUUAAAGGCGCCGCGCAAUGGCGGCCGGCGAGAACGUCUUCCUGUUCGUGCCCAACGUCAUCGGUUACAUGCGCCUGGCCCUAUCCGCGGCCUCGGCCCUAUUGAUGCCUCACUCACCUGGUUCAGCCUCUCUCUGCUAUGGCCUCAGUGGCCUCCUUGAUGCUGUGGAUGGACAUAUGGCGCGAGCCCUGGGGCAGGGCUCUCGCCUGGGCGCCAUGCUGGACAUGCUGACCGACCGCCUGUCGUCCAUGUGCCUCCUGCUCAACCUGGCUCUGCUCUACCCGAGCUCUGCCCCCAUCCUACAGCUCAGCAUGGCCCUGGAUCUGAGCAGCCAUUGGCUGCACAUGCACUGCACCACCCUGGAGGGGGGGCGGAGCCACAAGGAGAUGGGGGGGGCAGCAAACCCACUGCUGAGGGUGUACUACAGCAACAGGCCGCUGCUGUUCCUGCUCUGUGCUGGCAAUGAGGGUUUCUAUGGGAGCCUCUAUCUGCUGCACUUCUGGGAGGGGCCACCCGUGUUCCCAGGGCCUGUGGGUCUGUUCCGGGUCACUCUAUGGGUCUGUUCCCCCCUGGCUCUGCUCAAGGGGCUCCUGAACCUGCUGCAGCUCUUGGGGGCGGCUCAGAGGUUGGCAGCCAUUGACCGAGCGGAGAGGGCAAAGGGGCGGUGAGAGCAGCGGAAACAGCCCAAAACACCCCAAAAACACCUGAAAACAGCCAAAAACACCCCAAAAACACCUGAAAACAGCCCAAAAACACC